AGCCAAGGUUUUCAGCACAAAAAAUUGAUAUUUUCACAUUUAUGUCGACAGACAGAAGCUUUAGUAGCCACUAGUCCCACUCAUACCAUCACCAGAAACCCCAAGGGUUUAAGAAAUGGGCAGCGGCGCCACCAGAUUUCUCUUACUCCUCACCCCUUCUCCUCUCCUCCACCGCCGCUGUUCCUCCCUCCUCCGCCUCUCCCGCCGCCACUACCAUCGUCUCCCAUCCUCUCUCCAUCACCACCAACACCAGCAACACCACUCUCUCUCGUCCACACCCCCACUUCCCACCACAACCACCUGUUUUUUCCCGCUCAAAUCCUCCCGUGAACUCCACACCCAACUCUCCUCUUUACCCCACGCCUUUUCUCCCUCUAUUCACCAACACUUCCCGCAAUUUCAAGCGCUUCUUGGUAAUCUUUCUGCUUCUGGCUACUACAAUCUACUUAACGAUGCUGAUUUCGAGUUUCUGGGUGCUCGAGAUUUGCCGGAGGAUUUCUUACGCGCUGCCAAAGCGUGCUUGUCAUUCGCACGAGAUCGACCCAACUUCUUGGGGAUGCUUUCGAGGAGAGAUGUUGAGGUGGUAGUGGAGAAUACGACACCGUUUCUGUUUAAAAAUGGUGAAGACUCGGUUAGGAGGAUAAAAUCGUUUUUGGGAAACAAUGAGUUGGAUACUGAUAAAGCGAAUACAGUUGAUUUGAUGAAGUUUUUAUUGAGUUGUGCAAGUAAUCUCAUUGCUUUUUCAGAGGCAAAUAGUUUCAAUAAUUGGGAACUGGUUGAGUUAUCUGUCAGUAAUCUUUUGGGUGAGUUGGCCAAGCUGAGCUGUAGAACUCCAGAAUCAAACCUUUCUGGGUCACUGCAGAAUCAAUUCCCAGACAGAUAUGGACAAACACCAAGGCCCUUUGGGCAAAACAUAGAAAUUAAAAGAGGUGAUUGGAUUUGCCCCAGGUGUAGCUUUAUGAACUUUGCAAGAAAUCAGAAAUGUCUUGAAUGUGAAGAAGCAAGACCCAAAAAACAGCUGACUGGUGGGGAAUGGGAGUGUCCUCAAUGUGAGUUCUUUAAUUAUGCGAGGAAUACAGUAUGCUUGAGGUGUGAUUGCAAGCGACCUGGAGAGCUCUUGCCUGGUAUGGCAAACAACAGGUCAGGUCAAGGAUAUGGAUAUGGGAGCCUUGCAAAUCAGGUUGAUAUUGAUAGCAGGUUGGCUGCUAAUGAAGAGAAGGCACAACGGUGGUUUAGUAAGGUUUCGCAGCUGGACAAUACUUCUGAUAUGAGCAGUGCCAUAGCAGAUGAAGAUUUCCCUGAAAUCAUGCCCCUGAGGAAAGGAGUUAACAGAUUUGUUGUGAGCACUAGGAAGACUCCCCUAGAGAGGAGGCUGGCCAAUGCUCAGUAUAGAAGAAACAUGGGUAAUGAUGGCAUACCUGAGGGUAAUGAUCUCCAGAUGGGGGAUAAGAAGAAGAGUCUUGACCCAAAUUUCAACCAGAGUGUAGAUGAUAAUUUCCCUGCUACUUCUAGUUCAGGCUCGUCACAAUAUGGGAACUAUAGAGGAAGCAAUUCUAAUUAUGUUCCAUUUGUGCCAUUACCUGCAGAUAUGUUCGCCAAGAAACCUGAAAGUUUUCAGGUUGAUGAGAGCAUGCGUCCACAGUCUGGCAACUACCAUUCUGAUGCUUCAUACACUCAUGAACAAACUGAUGGAUUUUCUGGAGGCAAUGAUUAUCUAAAUCCUGAAAAAAAUAAUCAGCUGUCUGGAAAGCCAGUAAACCAGAAGGAGUUGAAGAAUAAAGAGAAUGAACAAGCUGAAAAAUCUGAGAGAUGGUUUAAGAGGGUUGCUGAGCUGGAUGAUGUUACUGAUCUGGCUAGUGAAAUUUCUGAUGAGGAGUUCCCUGAGAUCAUGCCAAUGCAUAAAGGAGAGAACCGGUUUGUAGUUAACAAGAAAAAGGAUCGUUCUCUGACCUCACCAAUGUACAAGAGACGUAUGGCAACUGAGCAAGCUAACAAUACUAAUUUUGUUCCAUUUGUCCCCUUCCCACCUGAUUACUUUGCUAAGAAGGAUAAACAGCAGCCAGAGGGAGCAGAUAUGACUCCUAAAGCAGCUGAAGAAACUACAAAUUCUGUAUUACCAGGGAAAAUGCAUGAGGCUAGACCACCAGUGCCUGAUAUGGAUGGUAUGCGGCAAAUGGAAAAUCAGCAGACCAGUUCUAUGAGCUUUAACUCAGAACCUACCGGAGAGAACUUUAAGGGUCAUAAGACAAGUGCAGCUUAUGGGACGUCAACCAAUGAAACUUCAACCCAGAAAUUUAAUAGUCCACCGCCAAUGAGCAAUGAUAAUUUAUCUCAACCAACUGACAACCAGAGUAGCAAGAUGGUAAACUUAGCUGGGAGUGCAUCUCAACCAACUGCAGAUCAGAAUAUUAGAAAUAGCUGGAGUGGAAAGAGCUUGGAGGGUUCGGCAGUGAAGGAACCAGACCCUUUGGAUAUGUCAGAGGAGGCAAAGGCAGAGAGGUGGUUCCGACGCGUUGCUCAGAUAAAGGAUAUUUCGGAGUUGAGCCAGAUCCCUGACGAAGAUUUCCCAUCAAUAAUGCCAAUGAGGAAAGGAGUAAACAGGUUUGUUGUGAGCAAGAGGAAAACACCAUUAGAAAGGAGGUUGACAUCUCAGCAGUAUCGAAGAAAUCUUCCAAUUGUAAGUUCUGAUCCAACAAAGAAAGAAAAUGAUAAUAACUGAGCAUUUCAAUUGCGGUAUUCUUUGAUGUAAAAUAAUUAAUUUUGUUAUCAAAAUUUUGUUCGAUGUAAACAUCAGAGAAAUAAGUCCUAUUAAAACAUUGUGCAUGAAAAUGACAUUUGUUGGAUUACUCUGAUUUUGGUGUAGUUCAGGCGACAUUUUUAAGGGUUAGCUAAUGUUAUUAGUCUAUUAAAGCAUCAAUUUAAUGAAGCAUUUUAUGCUUUGAGAUUGUU